AUGUUUAAAACAACACGAAGAGAAUACAUAAAAAAGAUAAAAUUCCGAACAAAUAAAUUAUGUCCUUCAUUAAAUUACCUUCAAAACGACUUUCUAGACAACUAUCUUGAUGCUGAUCUUCAAAAGUACCUGUUUCCGAUAAAUCUUGUGCAAUUUGUAUUGUUUUCUCCAAAAUAUAAUAUUCGUGAUAAUUUUAUAACUUCAAACAACCGUACCAUUAAUUGCAUUUCACUCUUAAUUUCAUUUUGUUUCAUUCUUUCUUACAUAAUUAUUAUUGCUUUCGAUGAUCCCAUAAAAAAAUUUGAGAAACUUCUUUUAACACUUUUCGUUUUGAAAUAUUUUCUAUAUUGUGUCGGCUGUGGUCUAAAUUCUAUUGUUAAUAUAAUCCAGAGCGAUACACACGUGAUGUUAAUAUUAACAAUCCAAAAAAUUAAAAAGUAUUUCAAAUUAGUUACUAUUGAUAAUAGAAGUAUCAUCAUUAGCUGGGUCCACGUUUUAAUUUUAUGUUCGUUUUAUAUCUUGUAUUACUUGUUUCAUAUAAUUAAAGAAAAGCUUACAUUAACAAUGGUUUUCACUUAUUUGUUGUUGUUGCUCGCGGAUUUAAAUACAGUUUACAUGUUACGAAUGAUAAAGUUAUUGAGAAAUUAUUUAGUCUUAUGGAUUACUGAAAUGAAACAAUUUAAUACUUCGGUUGUGAAUGAAUAUCAUUCAAAUAAACCAACGAGGCUACUGGUAUUUUGGCAAACAAAGGUCAGCGUUUUAAAGCGAAUUCUCGAUGCCACUUAUAUUUGUAAGGAACUUUGCGAAAUUCCGAUUCCAAACAUGGGAUCGUACACACUUUUUCUAUUUAUGUUUACGUUGAAGAAUAUAACGCUGUUGUUUCUGAUAAGCUUUGAGCGUGAAAAGUAUUUUGUGGCACUGAAAAAUACCGAAGUUGUAUUAUUAAUGACCACUGUGGCUGACGUGAGUCCAGAUGAACGUUUGGCAUAUAAAACUCUUCGACGAUUGAACAGGGCAGCGUACAAAAUGAUGAAUAGCAGUAGCAUGGUCACAGUGGACGCGAAGCUGCCACUGCGUAUUAUUUCCGUUCUUGCAACCUAUGUUAUUGUGCUCUUGCAAUUCGCAUUCCUGUAG